AACCUAUUGCCUAGCCUAGCCUAGCCUGUCACAGCGGAUUGCCUAACACCAGGUUGGCUAGAAUUAGAUAGAGCCCUGCAUGCCCUUCAUAUAAUGUAGGGCUCUAGAUAGAAUGGGAUAAGACAUUCCCUGCCAUCCCUCGAAUCUUUCGAGAACCACGGUCGGGCAUCGUCGAACCUCGCUGGUCCACGUGGAACUGAACUGGAAAUGUCAUCAGUAGCAAGCAGACGACUUGUCAAAUACAGUGACUUGAAGUUAAACAACGAGAGUUUAGAAAUUUUGACUGAGACUAGUUAGUUGUAGAAAUGGAAAACUAUCGGAAAGGGAAAAAUGUCGAAGAAGAGAUUACCAAGGAGAGAAUACCCAUUCCUGGUUUGCCUGAUGAUUUCAUAUGGAUGCAGGUGAAUGGCGGAAGCAAAAUUAGGAAUCUUUUGGAUGUUGCACUAAAGGGUUUUGUUGAGAAAGGAGUUAUUGUAUGGACUGGAUCAGGAACUGCAAUUAGUAAAACUAUUAGUUGUGCCGAAAUACUUAAACGUAAACACAAGGCACAUCAAAUUACCAAGAUAUGCUAUAGGAAGUUUGAAGAAUAUUGGGAGCCAUUAUUGCCUGAAUUAGAUGAAUUAGUAGUUGUGAGGGAUGAGCCUAUCAUCCACAUUUUGCUUUCCAAGAACUUGCUGAAUACUCAGGAGCCAGGGUACCAAGCACCAGGAGCAAUCGACCCGUCAUUUAAAGUUCAAUAUGAUAAACAAGCCUCUUCUUCAAGGAACCCAAAUAACAAGAACCGAAAUAAACCUUAUACUUCAAAAGCUCCAGGCCAGAGGAGUCAACCUCUACAGUCACAGAAAAACUCUCAGACCCAAAGUCAGCAAUGAAUAGCAGUAAAUAAUAGUGGUUAAAAAGCUUUA